CUCCAACGUUUCUGUAAUUCUUCCUCACUUGCACUCCAAGUAAAAUGGACACCAUUUCUAGCUCUGCUUCUCUUUCAACUCCGCGGUUCCGCUGCUUUGAUCCUACAAACUCUUAUCAUGCACCUGUCAAUCACAGUCACAGGCCUUACUUCUUAACUUUCUCUUCAAAUCGUAGCCCGACAUCUAGUAGUCCUAGAGACACUCCAAAGGACAGUAUGGGGAAUUCUAUAAAGUACGAACCCAAAAUCAUCGCCGGGGAAGCUGGUUAUGUUCUAGAAGAUGUUCCUCACUUGACGGAUUACAUAUCUGAUCUUCCUACAUAUCCAAAUCCAUUACAAGACAAUCCUUCCUACUCAGUUGUUAAGCAAUAUUUUGUUAAUGAGGAUGACACUGUAGCCGAGAAGAUUGUUGUGCAUAAAGAAAGUCCAAGAGGAACACACUUCAGGCGUGCUGGGCCCCGCCAAAAGGUGUUCUACGAGUCUGAUGAAGUGCACGCAUGUAUUGUAACUUGUGGUGGUCUAUGCCCUGGUCUAAACACAGUGAUCAGGGAACUAGUAGGUGGCUUGUAUUAUAUGUACGGUGUGAACAAAGUUCUUGGAAUAGAGGGCGGAUACAAGGGCUUUUAUGCUCGGAAUACAAUUUCUUUGUCGCCAAAGGUUGUAAAUGAUAUUCAUAAACGUGGUGGCACAAUCCUCGGGACUUCAAGAGGAGGCUAUGAUACUUCAAAGAUAGUUGACAGCAUUCAGGACCGGGGCAUCAAUCAGGUUUAUAUAAUUGGAGGAGAUGGAACUCAAAAUGGGGCUUCAAUAAUUUUUGAGGAAAUCAGAAGGCGUGCCCUCAAGGUUUCUGUGGUUGGAAUCCCGAAGACCAUUGACAAUGACAUUCCGGUUAUAGAUAAGUCUUUUGGUUUUGAUACUGCUGUUGAGGAGGCUCAGCGUGCUAUUAAUGCAGCCCAUGUUGAAGCAGAGAGCUUUGAGAAUGGUAUCGGUCUUGUCAAGUUAAUGGGCCGGUACAGUGGAUUUAUAGCAAUGUAUGCUACACUUGCCAGCCGAGAUGUAGACUGUUGCUUGAUUCCAGAAUCACCCUUUUACCUUGAAGGCCCUGGUGGACUAUUUGAAUUCAUUAGAAAAAGACUAAAAGAACAUGGGCACAUGGUUAUUGUAAUUGCUGAAGGUGCAGGACAAGAGCUUCUUUCUGAAAGUAUCCGUGCCAUGGACCAUCAGGAUGCCUCUGGCAACAAGCUGCUCCAAGAUGUUGGUCUGUGGAUAUCCCAGAAGAUUAAGGAUCACUUUGCAAAACAGAAAAAUAUGAAUAUAACUCUCAAGUAUAUUGAUCCCACUUACAUGAUUCGCGCUGUUCCGAGCAAUGCAUCUGAUAAUGUGUGUUGCACUCUACUAGCUCACAGUGCCAUUCAUGGUGCAAUGGCAGGAUAUACAGGAUUCACAGUUGGCCCUGUUAAUGGAAGACACGCUUACAUACCAUUUCAUAGGGUGACUGAGAGGCAGAAUAAAGUGGUCAUUACUGAUAGGAUGUGGGCAAGGCUUCUAUCUUCUACAAAUCAGCCAAGCUUUCUUGAUCCCAGAGAUGUUAUUAAAGAUGCAGUAGCAGAUGAAAAACCACAAAGUCAAUUACUGGAUGGCACGACUGAUGAUACUGAUACACUGAUAGAUUGAAGGGUCGAGAAACAUUGAUUUGGAGACACGUAGUUAGUUGCUGACUUGCUGUCAGUGAUUCUCCUAGGUUUUAAUGUAAGUUGCUGCUCUUUCGAAGUUUACUUUUCUUUUUAUUAUAGCAGUUUCUGAGAAGCAUUGUCAAAUCAGUUAUAUGCUCAGGGGCAGGGAUGGAUGUUGAACCAAUUACUACUGUUGUAUUAGAACUGAGCAAGUCUCCUAUUUACUACAAUAAAAUUUGCCUGAGCUAAAAUGUUAGACUGCA